AAACGGGCCAGCCGGAGCUGCAAAGAAAGAUGAAGAAGGCCUUGUCAUUAUUGACCAAGCCAAUACUCCUCCUCACAGUCACCUCCGCUACGACCAUUCUCUUCCUUCUCACCUCUCAGCCGAAUCACCAACUUUCUACCCCGCCGGAAUCUUCAAAACGGGAUAAUAUGGCGCGGAGCUUCAUUCUCUGGCUUCAUGGUUUGGGUGACUCCGGCCCCGCCAAUGAACCCAUCAAGACUUUUUUCUCAUCGCGGGAGUUCAGAAAUUCCGUUUGGUCUUUUCCUUCAGCUCCUUCUAACCGAGUCACUUGCAACAAUGGGGCUGUGAUGCCUUCUUGGUUUGACAUUCAUGAGAUUCCCGUCACAGCAAAUUCUCCAAAAGAUGAAAAGGAAGUCCUGAAAGCCGUCCAGAAAGUGCACGCGACGAUUGACAAGGAAUUAGCUGCAGGAACAAAUCCUGAGAAUGUGUUUGUAUGUGGAUUUAGUCAAGGAGGAGCGUUGACCUUAGCCAGUGUUCUGCUCUACCCAAGAACCCUAGGAGGUGGUGCAGUUUUCAGCGGAUGGGUUCCAUUUAAUUCAUCUAUAACACCUCAAAUCACCCCAGAGGCAAGAAAGACGCCCAUCUUGUGGUCUCACGGCAUGUCCGACAGAACAGUAUUGUUUGAAGCUGGACAAGCCGGACCACCCUUCCUCGAACAAGCUGGAAUGAGUUGUGAAUUUAAGGCUUACCCCGGGCUUGGACAUUCCAUAAGCGGUGAGGAGCUUCACAACUUGGAAUCUUGGAUCAAGGGACGGUUACACAGUUCCUCCUCCUGAUGUUAAACCAUAUUGUUACCUGGAAUUGUCAUUUCAGAUUGUAAGACUUAUCUAAUAAUACAGUGAUUGCAGUUUGUCUAUUUGCUUUUGUAACCCAAAGAGAGUUCUUUCUGAAAACUCGUAAUAAUGGUGGUGUUCUGCU